AUGUGGUUCCUCUUCUCGGUAUCCUACGUCUUCGGCGUCUUCUUUAUCUCGAUCCUCGGCAGCAAGCUGCUACAUCUCUGGACGCAUUUCUUCACCGUCCCGGCAUCCGCUUUCUUCCUCUACCUGCCGACAUUCUUCCUCUUCGAUCUCUUGACGAUAUGCAUUGGACGCAUGCUCUUGGCACAGUCCAAGACACCAUGGGCUUGGAUCACCAGCCUCAUUGGCAGCAUCGCCACACUUAUCUGCCUCGGCGGCACAUCUUCACAGCUUGGCUUCUUCCUUAAGACCGGAGGAGAGCUGGAUUGGCGCGAUGCAGGAGCCUACGCUACCAGCAAGGAGGGCCUCAAGGUGCUGUUCAGCGGCAGCGAGGCCGUCAUUGCAUGCGGAGUUGGUUUCAUGAUCAUUGCUAUGCCUAUCCAUGGCUUUGUAUACCGUGCAUUCGGUGCCUUCUUGGGCGCAAUUGGCGACAACAUUCUCUCAGUCUACAGCUAUUUCCGAAGCUUUCGCAUGCGCAUCCCCGGUAUGCAGCGUGGCAAGUACUCUGCCCUCAAGAACGCCGACACCGAUCUCGAAUCGACCGAUACAUACUCGAUGGACGAGGAUUUCCGAUCCAGCGCCGAUAACUCUUUCCGCCGCGGCGGUAAGAACGAAGCACCGACCACCAUCAAGGGAAAGAUUGUUCGCUUCUUUUCGCGCAUCCCUUUCUUCUCAUGGCUAUGGAAGAUCACCCUCGCUCUUUUCCUCGGUCUCACCCUUAUUCUCCGACCAGCCAAGCCGUAUGACUUCUUGUCCAUUACUCUGCCCGUAUCGAUGCUCGACGUUUUCGCACCCGAACCCGAUUUCUGCGGCGCUCAACGCGAUCUCAUCCUGAACGACUUCCCCUUCCCCGCGCUCCUCAACAAAACAACUUGGAAGCAACCCGAGGGUGAUUUCAGAGGAUGGGCUCCCUUGGCUGACAAGAAGAUGAGCCCUCUUGGCGAGGCGUACCGAAACCACAAUGUUGAUUGGUUGCCCGAGGAGUCUACUACGCUGCCUCGUGGUUUCUUUCGAUACGACCCCAAGCGAUUCAAGGGUGGUUACCACGGUUCGCUUUCUGCUCCUGGUGCUAUCGUCAGCGACCACAAGUGCCCUCAGGUUUCUAUUCACGAGAAGGAUCCCUACUACAACCCCGUUGCCGACCCUCUGAAGAUUACCAACCUCGAUAACGAUAUUCUCCCUACAUUGAAGCAGGCGCUCGGCGAUGGCAACGUCAAGAUCAAGCAUGUUGUCUUCAUCCUUAUGGAGAGUCUGCGACAGGACUUCUGGCCUCUUCAACAAGGCUCCCAUUUGCACAGCCUCAUCAUGGACCUCAACAAGAGCGACCAGGAGAAGGAGGAGGCCAACGAGAGACUAUCUUGGAUGAUGCCUCACAUUGAGAAGAUCACUGGCCUGAAGCAGGGUUUCACCGACAAGAAUGGCAAGCCCUACGCAGCUCCCAACUACACAUGGCACGACCAAGCUGAGGAGGGCUUCGGUGGUAUCAACGUCGCUACCGCUUACACUGCCGCUACCAUGUCUACCAAGAGCUACUGCGCCAAUCACUGUGGUGCCUACCCCAUGCCCGUCGAGAAGUUCGCCGAAGCCGAUACCGACAGCUACCAACCUUGCAUUCCUCAGAUUCUGAGCAUGCUGAACAAGGUCAAGAAGAACGUCUCUUCCUCCGACUCCGACUUCCGUGAUUUGCAGUGGAAGACUGCCCUCUUCGAGGCCGAAAUUGAGGAGUACGAUCGCCAGGAGAAGUUCGAUGCCAAGUUGGGAUUCGAGCACAUCAUCACCAAGAAGCAGCUCGAGAAUGACUGGCGCUACAACAAGUCCGACGUUCUUUACCACAAGAUCAAUUACUUCGCCUACCCCGAGCCCAUCCUUAUGCCCUACCUCAAGGAGUUCAUCUCCAACACCACCGCCAACAACCAGCGCAUGUGGUUGUCGCAUUUCACUAGCACCACCCACCACGCAUGGGGCCUGCCUGAAGGUUAUCCCUACUACGAUUACGUGUCGCACACUGGUAUGAACAAGAAGCACGACAACUUCAACCGGUACAUGAACACUGUCCGCUACCACGAUGGCUGGAUGGCUAGCUUGAUGAACCUUCUCGACGAACAGGGCAUCGCCAAUGAGACACUCGUCGUCUUCGCUGGUGACCACGGUCACUCCUUCAAGGAUGAUGCUGGCAAAGAAGGCACAUACGAGAACCAGUUCAUCUCCAACUACCGUGUCGGCCUGACCUUCCGACACCCCCACCUCCCCCGAGUCCAAUACGACGCCAACACCACCACCAUCUCCAUCCUGCCAACCAUCCUCGACCUCCUCAUCAACAGCGGCUCCCUCAACGAAAACGAUUCCCACAUCGCUUCCGAUCUGGUCCACGAUUAUGAGGGUCAAUCUCUCAUCCGACCCUACAAGAAGUCCGACGGUGACCGACGCGCCUGGGCUUUCUCUGUUGUCAACUCUGGUGCUGGUAUGCUCGGUAUCACAUCUGCCGAUGUUAACUGGCGCCUGGUCAUUCCCCUCAACAAGGUCAUUGAGUACCGUAUUACCGAUGCUGUCAAUGAUCCCAUGGAGUUGAAGCCUGUGGCAGCGUGGUCUCCAGAGGAACUCAUCACAGCUGCGCAGUCUUCUCUUGGCGACGAGGCAGCACAGUGGGUUUCUGAAGCCAUACCCAUAGCGCAGUGGUGGGUCAAGGAACGCCAACGUCUCUGGCGGUACCACGGAUUGUCAUCAUAG